AUUAAGCUUACUGAGUACAAGACGAAAGGACACAGCUCUAACAAUGUUUAUACCACGAUUGUUGUUGCGAUGUUCAAUGGCGAAAACUUCGCUUUUAGUGCCAGUGUCAAGAUAUUCUAACGGAAUACAAGUACCUAAGGUGAAACGAAUUUCAGUUUCCAAAGGUUUAGUACUGCGGACAGUAACACAGAAUAACUUUGCCGAUUCCACAGAAGCCAGCUUGCCGCCGCUGGUCGUGUUGUUCGAGUGGUUAGGCGCCAAAUCGAAGGCCGUGGACAAGUACUGCAAGUUUUACCACGACCGAGGGUUGGAUGUUCUCACAGUUAAAGGGGGACUACUCGAGUUUCUCUGGCCAUCAGCAGCGUUCACGAAGGCCAGAGGCCUACUGGAUUAUCUUCAGUCUACCACUUCAAACAGCAACCCUGGAAGUAGGCCUUCACAGCGGAAAUACCUGAUUCAUGCCUUCUCUGUCGGUGCUUACAAUCAUACCGUGUGUCUAAUGGUUUCCAAGAAGGAAGCCGCCUACUACGGUUGGUACAGACAGAACAUAUGCGGGAGUGUGUUCGACAGCAUAGUCAUAGGAACUCUCGACAACAUGGUGACCGGCAUGGCGCUCUCUUUAUCCAACUCUCCGGCAGUUCAGGUCAUGGUUAAACAGAUCGGAAACGUUUACUACCGUCUCAAUCCGGCAAGAACUCUCCAGUUUUACGACGAGGCUGUGACUUUUUUCAAAACACAACCAGUACUCGCUCCUUCUCUGUAUCUCUUCUCCCAUGACGAUCCAAUGAGCGACGAACGGAGCAUUCAUGGUCUGAUAGAGUUAUGGAAGCAGGAAUUCCCUUCUAUCCAACUCUCCGUCCAAUCCUGGGAACACUCAGUCCACGCUGCGCAUAUUAGAUAUCACGAGGCUGAAUACAAAGCCGCUUUGGAUAGAUUCUGCAAGGAUUUAGAUAUAUAA